AUGGAGAGUGAUCAAGUUGGAGCCCUGGAAGAACUGGAAAUGAGGCUGGACAAUCAAGAAGAGACAAAGGAAGGCCACCCUAACGAAAGUCCGUUACAAGUCCGGUCCAGCAACGCCACCCUCCCAGAGCUGGAGCUCUCAGAACCAGCAGAGGUUCAGGAGAACACCUUGGCCCUCAAGGUCACCAGCUUGCCUGAGGUGCCAGAAGCUCCGCAGCCCGCACAGGAGGCCGCCACUCCACAGCCCACAGAUGCGGUCCAGCCCGAGGCAGGCACUGCCCCAAGGUUGUCGGAACAAGCCAUUGAGCCUCUGGAAGCCGAUGCUCCGAAACCCUCAGAACAAGCAAUCAAGUACCUGGAAGGUGACACUGCAGUGCCCUCAGAAGAAACAACCACAGCCCUGGAAGGUGACAAGGUGAUGGUGAUCCAGAGCAAGGAGGACUUUGAGGCCGUACUCAAAGAGGCUGGCGAGAAGCUGGUGGUGGUGGACUUCUCGGCCACAUGGUGCGGGCCCUGCAAGAUCAUCAAGCCAGAGUUCAACGCCCUGUCUUUCAAGUAUGAUAAUGUGGUGUUCCUUGAAGUGGAUGCGGAUGAGUGUGAGGAGCUGAUUAAAGACUGUGGGAUCAUGUGCAUACCAACCUUUCAGUUUUAUAGAAAAGAGGAAAAGGUGGGUGAAUUUUGUGGUGCCCUUAAGGAAAAACUGGAAGCAAUCAUUACAGAAUUAAAGUAA